AUGGACGACGGCCUGGGCACCACCGCCGGGACGCCUCACAAGAAGCGGGUGGUGCUGUACCCGUCGCCGGGGAUGGGCCACCUGGUGUCCAUGAUCGAGCUCGGCAAGCUCUUCGCAGCGCGGGGCCUGGCCGUCACCAUCCUCAUCGUGGAGCUGCCCUUCGUCGACACCGGCGCGCGGGGGCCCUUCCUGGCCGGCGUCACCGCGGCCAACCCGGCCAUCUCCUUCCACUGCCUGCCCCGCGUCCGGUUCCCGCCCCUCGCCUCCUCGCACCCCGAGGCCGUCACCUACGAGGUCGCCCGCCUCUCCAACCCGCACCUCCGCGACUUCCUCCUCGCCGGUGAUGCCCGUCCAGCCGUCCUCGUCGUCGACUUCUUCUGCAGCGUGGCCCUCGACCUCGCCGCCGAGCUCGGGGUCCCGGGCUACUGCUUCUUCACGUCCGGCGCCGAGGCCCUGGCGUCCUUCCUGUACCUGCCGGUGCUGCACGAGCAGAGCGCCGCCAGCUUCCGGGAGAUGGGCGAGGAGCUGGUGCGCGUGCCGGGGAUCUCGCCGUUCCCGGCCACGCACGCGCUCAAGCCGCUCCAGGACCGCGACGACGCGGCGUACCGGGGCUUUUUACAGGUUUCACCGGACCUCUGCCGCUCGCAGGGCAUCAUCAUCAACACGUUCCGGUCGCUGGAGCCGCGCGCCGUCGAGGCGAUCGGCGCGGGGCUCUGCACGCCGCCCGGCCUCCCGACCCCGCCGGUGCACUGCAUCGGGCCGCUGAUAAAGUCGGCGGAGGUGGGCGUGAAGCGCGGCGGGGAGUGCCUGGCGUGGCUGGACGCGCAGCCGGAGGGCAGCGUGGUGUUCCUCUGCUUCGGCAGCCUGGGCGUGUUCAGCGCGGCGCAGAUCAGGGAGAUCGGCGUCGGGCUGGAGGCGAGCGGCGUGAGGUUUCUAUGGGUGGUCCGCAGCCCGCCGAACGAGGACCCGGCCAAGAGGUUCGAGGAGCCGCCGGAGCCGGACCUCGGCGCGCUGCUCCCGGAGGGCUUCCUGGAGCGGACCGGAGAAAGAGGGCUGGUGGUGAAGACGUGGGCGCCGCAGCGGGACGUGCUGGCGCACGGCGCGGUGGGCGGGUUCGUGACGCACUGCGGCUGGAACUCGGUGCUGGAGGCGGUGAUGGCCGGCGUGCCGAUGCUGGCGUGGCCGCUGUACGCGGAGCAGCGGCUGAACCGGGUGUUCCUGGAGAAGGAGCUGGGGCUGGCCGCGGCGGUGGAGGGGUACGACCAAGAGGGUGAGGUGGUGGAGGCCGGCGAGGUAGAGAAGAAGGUGCGGUGGCUGAUGGAGUCCGACGGCGGGAGCGUGCUCCGGGAGCGCACGCUGGGCGCCAUGAGGAGGGCCAAGGAGGCGCUGGCCGCGGGCGGGGAGUCGGACGUGACGCUCACCAAGCUGGUGGAGGGCUGGAUGGGAGACGAUAAGGUGCAACGCCAAUAA